AAAACCCUAACCGAACGUGAAGGCAAAUGAGUUGAUUAUUUGUCUUCUUUCUUCCCCCUUUCGUUGAUUGGUUUCAUUUGAUCUGGAGAAAAUAUAAUCGUCGAUUUCUUCAUAAACAACUUAGAUUUUACUAUGGUUAAUGAAGCACCGAUCGAAGGCGAUGAACGAACGGUAGAUAUUGCCGGAAAUGACGAUCGCGAUGAGGAUUUCGUUGAUUUUGAUGAUAACAAUGGAAAUGCGUCAUUCGCGUUGUCGCAGAAGUUUGAAGCACUGGAACUAGAGAAACGUGAAUUGACUGAGGAGAACGAAUCGAUGAUUAAUAGAAUUGAGAAACUGAAAGCGGAGAUUCAAGGAUUGGAGAAUGAUAAGGGAGAGUUAAAGAAGGUGAUUGAAGUUUCUGAAGCGGAUAAGAAGGUUCUAGAAUCAACUGCUGCUAGGGCAGCGGAAUUGGAGACGGAGGUAUCGAGGUUGCAGCGUGAUUUGAUCUCAUCGAAUGCUGAUGGAGAGGAAGUUGGUAAGGAUUUAUUUGAAUUGAGGAAAGCUAUGGAAGAGUUGAAGAAGAGUGAGUUGGAGAAGAGUUUAAAGUUGGAUGUUCUUGAGAAGGAAAGGAAUUCGUUAGUGGAACGUAUUCAUAAGGAUGCGGAUGGAGUUAAGGAAGCGAAAGCAUUGACGGAUGCUAGAGUUCGAGAAAUGGAGAAGAAAAUUGAAGGUCUGGAACAGAGAGAGGUUCGCGAGAAGAGUGAUAGAAUCACGAUUGAGCAGGAAACGAAAGCUAAACUGGAUGAGAAAGACGGUGAAAUUCGAAGGUUGAAGACGCAGGUAGAGGAUCUUGAAUCGAUUAGUAUGGAGAGUAGUUUAGAACUGGAGAGGUUGAAUAAGGAAAGAGAAGAGUUAGAGAUUGUGAAGAAUGAACUUGAAGCACAUUUGAAGAAAUCAGAAAGGAAAGUGAAGGAAAUGGGGAGAAAAGCUGAUGAAUUGGUGAAGGAAUUGGAAUCGUCGGAAAGGAUGAUGAUUGCUUUGAAAGAGAAAAGACUUGAUAUGAAUGGAACCAAGUCUUCUUCCAUUGAUGAUAGUCGUGAUCAGCUCGAAUUGAGUACCGGGUGGGAGUUGCAGUGGCCGGUGGUGGUUGCAGCAUCGACAGGAGCUUCCAUUGCAGCGGUUGCGGCUGUCUAUUACCUUCGAAGUGCAAAGCUAAGGUGAGUGAAUGAGCGAGUUUAUACAAAAAAAUGGAACAUUGCAGGUUUGAGAUUCUUCUCUCUUUUGCGGAAUGAUUUUAAUAAUUUUGAUACAGAUGGGAAACUGUUAUUGUAGUUCUAAACUUUAAUGUGGGUGUAUCUUCAAUUGUUUUCAUUAUCCAGAUCAUGUUAAUCUUCAUCUUGUUGUUUGCUUAGUUGAUUCAUCUAGAGUGAACAUGCUUAUG